UUGUCAGAAGCCCGGUACUGCGUAGAUUUUGCAGAGGAACUUGGUAAUCGCUCUACUGCUGGGGUACCGAAGGCUACCGCGUUAUCGCCUAGUGGAGCCGCUGGUUUUGCUGUCAAGGCCAUUUACGACUACACAGCAGCUGACAAAGACGAGGUGGUAUCAUUUAUGGAAGGGGACGUAAUCGUGAACUGUGAGAAGGUGGAUGAUGGUUGGAUGACUGGUACUGUUCAACGCACAUUACAAUGGGGCAUGCUGCCAGCAAAUUAUGUUCAACCAUACAAGUUGCCGACAGGACUUGGCAGGAUUAAGUAGAA